UGAUUAGGUCAGGAUAACUUCCUGGUCUGAAUGCAAAACAGCUUCAACAACUUUCUUUGUAUAAUGAUGAGCGUUGAUUAUAUUGUUGUCAUUCUAGCUCCAGAUAGUGUUAAACUCCAAUAGAUGUGUAAAUCAUUAUAGCGGCCUUCUGAUCUUUUACCGAUUAGCUCCGUUACUGCAGAAGGGCUGCUGCGGUCUUCCGGAGGCGUCAAUUGGAAAGGCGCGUGCAUGUGAACGUGGGAGACAUGAAGGUGAAGGUCAUCUCCAUCCUGGAAGACAACUACAUGUACCUGGUGAUAGAGGAGCAGAGCAAGCAGGCCCUAGCUGUGGACCCCGCUGUCCCCCACCGGCUUCUGGAAAUAGUCAAAAGAGAAGGCUUGUCUCUCAUUGGUGUUCUCACAACACACUAUCACUGGGAUCACGCUCGUGGGAAUAAGGCUCUAGUGAAAGAGAUCCCUGGCCUCAGGGUUUAUGGUGCAGAUGAUCGAAUUGAAGGACUCACAGAUAAAGUCAUUGACUCUCAGGAACUGAAGUUUAACUCCAUCAAUGUGAAGUGCCUGUUCACUCCUUGCCACACCUCUGGGGAUACAUGCUACUACGUCUGGGAGGAUGAUUGCACAGAUGCUCCUGCUGUGUUCACAGGAGACACACUGUUUAUUGGUGGAUGUGGAAGGUUUUUUGAGGGUACAGCAGAACAAAUGCACCACAACCUAACCAAAGUGCUUGCUUCACUACCUCCAGAAACGAAGGUGUUCUGUGGACAUGAGAACACCAUCAAGAACCUGAAGUUUGCCAUGUUGGUGGAACCAGAAAAUGAAAAGGUUAAAGAGAUGCUGAGCUGGGCCAAGGCGAGAGAUGACGAUGAUAAACCUACGGUGCCAUCCACAUUACAGGAGGAGUUUGAUUACAACCCUUUCUUCCGUCUCUCGGAGAAAGCUGUGCAGAAGUUCACUGGGAAGACGGAACCUGUAGAGGUGAUGCGGGCACUAAGAAAGGAGAAGGAUAAAUUCAAGAAGCCAAAGGACAGCCUUCCCCCUCAGGCCAUGUUGGCUUUGCAGUGGGGUUUACUUAUGAGCUCUAAAGAUCAUAUGGGUUCAGCAAUCAAAGAAAGUGACUGAAACUUGUAUUGUACUAAAGACUGUGACCCAUUAGUAGCAUUUGUUAAUGUUAUGAACAAGCAUUUUUGCACAAUUUAAACCAGGCUAAGAGACUAAAUAGUGCUAUAUUUAACCUUUCUCUGUGGACACAUUCAUUCAUGUAAAUAAAGUGUGGGGGGCGGGA